CCGUGAACGGGACGCAGCAGCGGCUCUUUUCAGUCUCGCUUUGGGAAGGAAGGACUCAAUACAGCCGGUGCAGCAUGUGAAAGUUCAACACGGGCGACUUCCUCCUUUCCUUUUUUUUACAAAUUUUGCAGCCAGUCUCAGAUCCUUAAGCAUUUCCACUGCACUGAUUUCUCCACUGAAAUGCCGUCAUGUCACGCGUGAAUGUCAGCUGGAUUAUUACGGUGCUCGCGGUGGAGCUCGCGACACUGUCCGCCGUGCGCGCUCACAGCUGUCACGAGGUGAAAACAGCGUUUCAGGUGCGCCAGAUCGGCCAGCUGAAGUGGGUUCCCGAAACACCUGCUACAGAUGUGGACCUGUCGGUGUGCAAGCAUGCAGGGCCAUCAUGUUGUACACGAAGAAUGGAAGAUAGUUACAGAGCGGCGGUCCUGAGAGACACCACCCAGAACAUCCGAUCGUACAGCUAUGAGCUCAACAUUCUCAUUUCUGCACACGCCGCCGCCUUCCAGGAUACGUUCCAGUCUCUAAUAUCCUUCUCCCAGAACCAUCUGAUCUCUCUAUUCGAGACCACAUACUCGUCCCUCAUGUCGUCCAUCUCCCCUCACAUCGUCUGCCUCUUCACGGACCUCUCUCGCUUCCUCCAGGGCACAGGCAACGUCUCAGUGGAAGCUGCUGUGCACUGUUUCUUCGACAGCCUUUUCCCAUUGGUCCACACUCAGAUUGUCAAUCCCGGUAUGGAAGGAAGUAUCGGGACAGAUGCUUCUGAAGGCAACCAGCUUGGUGACUGUCUCCGAAUGACCAGGCAGGACGUGAACCCCUUUGGUCCGCACCCGAAAGCAAUGGCAAAAGAUCUGGCGGACGCAUUGCGGGCCGGGCGGGUGCUCAGCUUGGCACUCGCCGAAGGGUCAGAGGUGAUGAACAUUACGGAAACAGCAGAGUUAACAAAAGAGUGCACACGUGCUCUGGUGCGCAUGCAUUACUGCUCUCAUUGCCGUGGACUCACCCUGAUUCAUGCGUGCAGCGGCUACUGUCUCAAUGUCAUGCGCGGGUGCCUGGCAAGCUUCUCCGAGCUCCACCAGCCCUGGAGACAGUAUGUCACCAUAUUGCAAGACCUCACACAAAUGGUCGCCGGAGCGCACAAUAUGGAGUUGGCGUUGCUGGGGAUCAGAGGUCAGGUCAAGGAGGCCAUACUCUACGCUCAGCUCCACGGGCCCAGGCUAACUGCCACUGUGGAUAAAGUGUGUGGUCACUCUUCAAACAUAUCUACAUCUACAGUCAGGACGUUUCCUCCGGCUUCUGUCACGCCUCCACCUGUCAACAUCUCACAGGACGUUCCAGGAGCUGACAAGAUCGGCAUGUUGGCUCACCUUCACAGUUCACUUCCUCUGAAAAACUCCAAGAGCGAUAGAGGUAGAACUCUGAAAAAAGUUGCACGGGAGUUUACAAGCUACAUCUCCCGAUAUAAGUCCUUCUACGCCAUGCUUCCAGACAUGCUGUGUGACGGAGAGAUGGUCGUCGAUGAGCAGUCAUGUUGGAGUGGAGAUGAUGUGGUGAAAAGUUAUACUGCAAGAGUGGUGGGCAAUGGAGUUCUUGCGCAGAGACAGAAUCCAGAAGUAAGAGUCAGAGGUUUCGACCCAGUGCUUAUGGAUGUCAAAAACAGACUCGAGCUCUUCAACAUGGAUUAUCCCAUCAGUUAG